AUGAUAAAAUAAUGUAACUCAUUUGAAAGAGAAAUCAUUUAUUUUAGAAGUAAAACACUUAAUCAUGGAUACUAGAAAAGUAUUGAAAUUCAUUUAUCAAGUUCAAAUUUAACGCGACUGAAAACUUUUCCAUAAUUCGUAAAUCCUUAACUUUUUCGAUUGAUUAAAUCGAUCAUUAGAGAAGCUAAUUUACAAAAUAAAUAAAUCAAAGUUUUGAAAGCCUUGCUUCUUAUAAAAUAAAGAAAAUAUAUUCAGCUUUUUGAAAUGAUUUUUAAGAUUGAAGAAUUGGGUCAAGAUAUUGCAUUGUGUGUUAAAUUCAAUGAUAAUAUUUUCGAAUAGAGUUCUGGUAUCUUCAUGCUUGACAAAGUAAGUGAAAAUAAGUAAAAAAAAUUCAUUAUUCUAGACUGGUAAGUAUCAUAAUAAAUUGUAAUAUCUAGAGAAUGAACUUAUCCAUAUAAUAUAUACAAUUCUUAAUAUAACCUUAAUAAAUUUUGUAAUUUUAAUUAAAAUUAAAGCUCACAAGCAAAUAUAAUUAUAUAAAGCAUAAAAAAUUUGAUUUAAAAAAUGCAAACAAGGAUAAAGUAGAAUUAUCAUCUAAUUUCUCGUUGCUAUGA